AUGAGGGGCGCGCAAGAUCGUCAGAAGUCGUAUGUAGACAAGAGGAGGAGAGCAUUAGAGUUUGAAGUAGGUGAAAAAGUUUUGCUCAAAGUGUCACCAACCAAGGGUAUAAUGAGAUUUGGUAGGAAGCGUAAAUUGAGUCCUCGUUUUAUAGGUCCUUAUGAAGUAUUGGAACGAAUUGGGGAAGUAGCCUAUAGAUUAACAUUACCUAUGAACCUAGCCAAAGUCCACAAUGUCUUCCAUGGUCCUAAUAAGGGCCACCGUGGGAAGUAUGCAUGCUCUUACCUUAACGAUCCCAUAAAAUUGUCAGGCAACGUCUUGGUUAAGAAGUUGCCUUGA